CGCUAUGGAGUGAUGCUUCUCCCGUCACUGGCUCAUAUAUACCGGGGCUCGUACCAAGCGCGGCCAGCGGAGGGAGACGCCGCUCCUGCCGUAUCCAGAGCCCCGGGCGAACGGUGCCGCCUACCCCGGGCACAGCUGAGCUCAGAACCGUGGACAGCUCCCCUCGGCUCCCCGCUGCCCCUGUGCCCGUCUAUGGUGCCAGGAUGACGGAGCCGCGCCCCCUCUGUGGAGCGGCGGAGUGGUAGGAGCCCGGAUCAAAACAAAGGAGAGCGCCACAUAAAAGCCUAUAGAAGCCGGAGCGGCGGUGCAGGCGGGAGCGGAGCGGUACAGGCGGGGAACGGAGCGGUACAGGCGGGGAACGGAGCGGUACAGGAGGGGAGCGGAGCGGUACAGGCGGGGAGCUGGCGCUAUACUUCAUCACCAGGUCCGCCAGGGAGACCCCGGCAGUGUCCGCACAACACACGGAGCCAGGGACUAUGGACACAGAUGACCCCUUGUUACAAGAUGCUUGGUUUGACGAUGAGGAUGAUGAGAUGUCCUUCCGGUCGCCCAUCUGUAAUGCUUGCCAGUGGACUUCUAAGCCUAUAAAAGAUGCCAUGCCGACCUGUGAAUUUUGGAACAUAGUGGGAUGGAUAUUCACCAAUGUUUACUGUGCCACCUUUCUGUUGGCUUUAGGAUGUCUAGUCCCCGUGGUCCUUUCCAUCAUCAUGUUUGUACAUUACCCGACCCUUGACAUUGACAUCUCCUACAAUGCUUUUGAGAUUCGCAACCAUGAGUCCUCCCAGAGGUUUGACGCCCUCACCCUAGCUCUCAAAUCCCAGUUUGGCACCUGGGGGAGGAACAGGAGGGACGUUGCAGAUUUUACCUCCGAAACAUUGCAACGGUUAAUCUUCGAGCAGCUUCAGCAGCUCCACCUUAACACAUCUCAGACAGAUAGCCCUGUAAGGGUUAAAAGGAACUCUGUGUGGCACAAUAGUACCGAAAGAACUAACUUCACAGCCACCGAGUCUUCAGUGCUCUUGUCCUCUGCUGCCAACCAGUCUCGUCACCCUCGCGGGGCUUCGGAGAAGGAGUUUUCAGGUGUUUACAUUACUCCCAACACUCAGAGCCAUGCUCACUGGCGGAUUGAGCUUAUCUUCUUGGCCAGGGGAGAUGAGGAAAAUAACAUAUUUACAAAGGAACGUUUGAUGACCAUACACAAGAUUGAGAGGAAGAUCAUGGAUCACCCACACUUCCGGGAAUUUUGUUGGAAACCUCAUGAGGUUCUCAAGGACCUUCCACUUGGAUCCUACUCCUACUGCUCACCUCCGAGUUCACUUCUUACUUACUUCUUCCCUACAGAGAAAGGGGGAAAGAUCUACUAUGAUGGAAUGGGACAGGACUUGGCUGACGUACAUGGAUCUUUAAAGCUGGCAAUGACCCAUCCCGAGUUCUACUGGUAUGUAGAUGAGGCUCUCACCACAGAAAACCUCAAGAGUUCUCUUCUGCGCAGUGAAAUAUUGUUUGGGGCUCCAUUACCGAAUUACUACUCAGUGGAGGAUCGAUGGGAGGAGCAGCACAGGAAGUUCCAAAACUUUGUCAUCUCCUAUAUAAGCGUCUUAUCAAAAGAAUCCACAAGUAAAGUUCAGGUUCUGUAUGGAGGGACCGACCUGUUCGACUAUGAAGUGAGAACGACAUUUAACAAUGACAUGUUACUGGCCUUCAUCAGCAGCAGCUGUAUCGCCAUCUUGGUGUAUAUCCUCACCUCCUUCUCCGUGUUCCUCACCUUCUUUGGGAUUGCCAGCAUCGGUCUGAGUUGCCUUGUUGCCCUGUUCCUGUAUCACGUGGCCUUCGGGAUACAAUAUCUCGGGAUCCUCAAUGGGGUCGCAGCUUUCGUCAUUGUUGGGAUUGGGGUGGACGAUGUGUUUGUCUUCAUAAACACCUACCGGCAGGCGGACCAGAUCAGGGACCCUCGCCAGCGGAUGAUCCACACUGUGCAGAUAGCUGGAAAGGCGACGUUCUUCACCUCUCUGACUACAGCAUCGGCCUAUGCAGCCAACGUCUUCUCUCAGAUUCCCGCUGUUCACGACUUUGGUCUCUUCAUGUCGCUCAUCGUCUCCUGUUGCUGGGUGGCUGUUUUGUUUAUUAUGCCAGCGGCCCUGGGUAUAUGGGGAGCCUAUAUAUCUCCUCUGGAGGCUUCCUGUCAUUCUAACUGCAGUGAAAGGUGCCUAAAGAAAGACAGCCUGGACAUCCAUGAGGAUCUGCUUCUAGGCCAGGACCCUUAUUCCAGACCAGUCCCCGGUACAGUCCCUUACCUGGAUGAUGACAUUCCCCUCCUGACGGUGGAAGAUGAUGGGGGGGCUCUCGAAUUCGGUGACGUUCCUCUGGUCUCUGUUCUGCCGGAUAAUUUGGAACAGAAGAUAGACGUAGACAGAGGAGACCAAGUCAUUCAGUGGUUUCAUACCAUCUUGCACCAUUGCGUCUUAUGGACCUCUGAUAAGGGCCGGCACAUCACUGUUGGUAUUUUCGUUGUGGUCCUUAUCCUCUCUGUAUUGUUUGCGUCCCAUCUCCACCCGGCCAGCCGAGCCCCUGUCCUCUUCAGGCCGGAUACUAAUAUCCAGCUGCUCUUAGACCUCAAAUACAAUCUCAGCGCAGAAGGAAUAUCCUGCGUGACCUGCUCAGGUUUGUUCCAAGAAAAGCCCCGGAGCCUUCAAAACAACAUUCGGACCUCAUCAGACAAGAAGAAGAGGGGCUCGCUGUCUACAUGGAACAGCAAGGUGACCUCUGGUGACCCUGGACAUGAGGAGUUGAAGAGAACAGUGUAUGUCACCAGAUGUAAAUGGGAAGGAAGGGCUACCAUUUACCGACUGUCAUUUAAUGCCUCAGCUACACCACCCUGGCAAUCUACCCUACCCGGGGAUGAGGAAGUCACCUCAUUUCAGGUUUAUAAGAUUCCUUACGGUAACUACACCUGGAAGCUGACAGCUUGUAUGUCCACCAUAGGGCUGCCGACAGAAAUCUGUCCCAAGAAAUGGAUGAUCACCUCCUCAGGGUGCGACACACGGAGAGGAUGGAAAUUCGACUUCAGUUUCUAUGCUGCAGAUAAGGAACAGUCCUAUGCAAGAAAAUUAUAUUUCACAUUGGUGCACAAAAAUCCCACCCAUGGCCGAGUCUGCACUUCUGCUUCUGGAUGUCCCGGAUCGGGAUCAGAUGUGACGAACAGAGGCUUUUUCUAUGUUCCCACUGAGAAAGGCGUUCCAAAGAAGUCUUCUCCAACGUUAAAUUUCAAUCCCUGUUUGAACACGGCAUGUGGGAAGCCCGCAGUGCGCCCCCUUGUGGACACCGGGGCCAUGGUGUUCGUUGUCUUUGGAAUUCGUGGGGUAAAUCGGACGAGAGUCCCGGAUAAUCAUGUCCUCGGAGAACUGGGCAGGGUGAUCUACGACGACAAGUUUGACCUCUUCAAAGAAAUCGGUAAUCUCUGCCGACUAUGCAAGUUGAUCGCCAGUAAUACGGAGCUGGUGAAGCCGGGCGGAGCGCAGUGUCUCCCCUCAGGUUACAGUAUAUCCUCCUUUCUCCAGAUGUUGCACCCCGAAUGCAAGAACAUCCCUGAGCCGAACCUCCUCCCGGGCCAGCUCUCCCAUGGGGCCGUGGGCGUGAAAGACGGAAAGGUCCAGUGGAUCUCCAUGGCCUUUGAAUCCACGACCUACAAAGGUAAAUCCUCCUUCCAGACAUAUAAAGAUUAUUUGAAGUGGGAGUCGUUCCUCCAACAGCAGCUCCUUCACCUCCCCGCAGACUCCGCGCUGAAACACGGGUUCCAGACAUGCGAGCACUGGAAGCAGAUCUUCAUGGAGAUCAUAGGUGUGCAGAGCGCCUUGUACGGUCUCAUCCUCUCCCUCGCUAUUUGUGUGACCGCUGUGGCCAUCUUCACUACCCAUGUCCUGCUCCUGAUCCCGGUGCUGCUUACAAUACUAGGCGUUGUGUGUCUGGUGGUGACAAUCAUGUACUGGCUGGGAUGGGAGAUGGGAGCAGUCGAGGCCAUUUCUCUAUCGAUACUUGUCGGAUCUUCGGUCGACUAUUGCGUCCAUUUAGUGGAAGGAUAUCUUCUGGCUGGAGAAAAUCUUCCCCUUCAUCUCAUGGAGGAUCGUCUGGCAUGUCGUCAGUGGAGAGUGACAGAAGCCGUCCGCCAUGUUGGUGUAGCGAUCGUGUCCAGCGCGAUUACAACGGUCAUAGCCACCAUCCCGCUAUUCUUUUGCAUCAUCGCCCCUUUCGCCAAGUUUGGAAAGAUCGUGGCUUUAAACACCGGCAUCUCCAUCGUUUACACGUUAGCCGUGAGCACGGCCCUGCUGACUGUCAUGGCGCCCAGCACCUUCGUCAGGAGCAGAACUUCUUUCCUUAAAGCAGCUCUGGUGGUCGUCAUUUGCGCCGCUGGAAGUGUUCUUGUUUACAUCGUCCUGCUCAAAACAGGGUUAACCAUCCCGUUCCUCAAUGGGACCCCCCCAUAGGGCAAAUGGUUUUUUCUUUUAGUUUUUUUAUAGAAAUUUUUUGUACACACUGAAAUUUUUGUCGAAUAUUGUAAAACGCGAACAGGAGAAGCGACAUGCUGUGUGUUUUCUUUUGCUACGGAAGCACUUUAUUUUUACUUUUCUUGUUUUCUUCUUUACUUAGAUGAUGCAUAUAACAGCAGACAUGGAGUCACUGCAAUGCAGAACCUGGGAGGGGGGGGGGGGGCAGGAACAUGGUCCUCCUGCUACAAGAAUUUUUUUUUUUUAUGCAAAAGCAGCAUUUGUGGCCUUAUUUAUUUUCAAAGGUCUAGAAAAUGGUUUUAUUCGUCAUCUUUUAUGGACCUCGUGUUGAAAUCUUGAUAAGCCCCCAUUACAGGACGUAGCUUGUCCCAAAUGCUGUAUUGAAUUGGCCCAUUUUGAACUCAUUUCCCGCCCUCUGGAAGGGAUCUCAACCAUAUUUGUAAUGGCCGCCUCUUUAUAACCGAAAACGGUGGACUAACCCCGCAUAACCGAUACUCACACCCAGUUUACCCCAUAUUGUGGACAGGACUAAAGAUUUUUAUAUUAUUACUGGUGCACAAAACUUUAAAAAAAAUUGCAAAAAUAUAUUACUGUUAUGACUGACGUCAGUCUUUAGAUGACGGAAAAGGCAUUUGUCCCUAAAGUAAAAGAUGACACUGUUAAAUAUCAGUCCUUAAGGUCAGUCCGUUUUGGACAUAGGAGUUGUCAACAUGGUUAAGCUGGCCCAAAGGACUACAAUAAGCACAUAAUACAGAGCCCCCAAAACUUCAGGAGUAGACAGUGCCAGUGGAAGAUGACUUUGGUGCCAGUUACUUGUCAAUAGGGCCUAUAAGAUCUUAUUGAAAGGAUUCCUGCGUGAACAUGUAUCUGCUCUUAACGGCAGGUGGGCCCCUAGAAUCAUUAAUUAAGGUAGGCUCAAGAAAGCCCAUUACGAUUUGUUGUCAGAUAACUUACCCUGAUUCAUGAAGCGCAAACAUUACUAGUUAUACAGUGAUAUUGGGACACCUGAGGAGUCUGGGUAAUGACCCCUAUGGGAAUUGUAAUCAAGGCCGUUUGUCGCCCAGAUUUAAAAAAAUGGCCAAACACCUACAAAAAAUUGUUGUUAGGGUCUGUUGUUGAAUUGCUUACCCUUUUAAAGGGGUUUUCCAUUUGCCCCUAGUUGCUCCUAAACCUCUUCUUCCUGGGUGGCAAGAACUUUAGCUGGAAACUCCUCCCCAGAGGAACCGCAUUGCUGGCAAAUGGGUAUAGAAUCGGCCCAAUUCUUCUUGAAAGGAAGUGAAUAGGUAAACAACCACAAGGCCUUACUGUCCUAGCUGUCACAAUACAGCACCAUAAUGUGGGCCCAGUUGAUCUUUGCUAUGGGGUCCCCUCUCUUCUAUGUACAUUACUACAUUUACCAUUUAAAACUAAGAAAACGGUAUGACCCAAGGACUUCUAUUUACUGAGAAUCUUUUAAUUUAAAGGGGCAAAUUCUCAUUAAAUGGGCACUCCACUGCCCAAGCGUUCGGAACAUUUAGUUCCGAAUGCUGGGGGCGAGCUGCGAACAGUCGUGAUGUCCCAGCCAUGCCCCUCAU